UCCAAUCCUAACAAGCCACAGUUUUUAAGCUUCCUUUUCUCUCUCCAACUCUUGUCUCCUCAACGAUCAGAAUACCAUAUACCCCCAUUCGUUUUUCCUCCCUGCCUUCUUCAUUUUCUCUUCUACAUUUUCCCUUCGAUCAUUUUCUUUUCUUUUUCCAGCAAUCCAAACAAAGAAAGCCCAUUCCCCCCCCCACCCUCUCUACUAUAUCAGUUUUAGUAUCCAAAUAAUCAUCUUUUCAUCUUUUUUUACUCAAUUGGGUCUUUAUUUUGUCCAACCAUCUUUCAUUAUUUUGCCAUUUAUUAGCCUUUUUCCCCCCUCUACUUUAUUGCUUUGUUUUUAGUAUAAAUUCUAAGCUCUAAGCAUGGCUUGUUUACAAAUCUCUAUGGGUUUUAGCUUGUUUUCAAGUUAUACAUAAAUAAAGAAUGCAAAAAAAAAAUUGUUCUUUUUUAAGAUUCUCUUGAUUCUAAAAAAAAUUGUCUUUUUUUGAUUCUUCAGUUUUUGCUGUUGAAAAGGAAGAAAAAAGAAUUGAUUCUUGAUUCCCAUGAAAAUGAUUCUCAUUUCGAUGCUCUCUUAAGCACUAAAAAAAUCUUGCUUUUUAGUUUUUUCAUUUUUAUUUCAUGUUAAAAGUUGCUGUCUUUUUUUAUGUUGAGGUUUUUUGUCUAUGGAAACUUUCUUUGCAACUUCUUUCAUGUCGAAUUCAGAUUGGUUUGAUCAAGAAGAUAUAAGCAGAAACCCAUAUUGGACUAAAGAAGAAAACAAAAGAUUUGAGAGUGCUUUAGCAAUAUAUGGUGAAGAUGUUCCUGAUAGAUGGAUGAAAGUAGCAGCAAUGAUUCCAGGAAAAACCGUUUCAGAUGUGAUUAAACAGUACAGAGAACUGGAAGAAGAUGUUUUCGAUAUUGAAUCUGGAAGAAUCCCAAUUCCGGGUUAUCUUACUUCAUCUUUCACAUUUGAAAUGGUUGAUAAUCAUGAUUUUGAACCUUACAGGAAAAGGUCUAAUGGGGCUAAAGGGCCUGAUCAUGAGAGGAAGAAAGGGGUUCCAUGGACUGAGGAAGAACACAGGCGGUUUUUGAUGGGACUAAUGAAGUAUGGUAAAGGGGACUGGAGAAAUAUAUCGAGGAAUCUUGUGGUUUCGAAGACUCCAACACAGGUUGCUAGCCAUGCUCAAAAAUACUUUCAGAGGCAGCUUUCAGGAGGGAAAGAUAAGAAGAGACCAAGCAUUCAUGAUAUUACUACACUCAGUAUCACCACCCCCAACACUGGUUUUUCAGACAAUCAAUCCGAUCAUGUUCUUGCAUUGCACCAAAAACUGUCCUCCACCCUUCAAAAAGUAGACCAAAACAAUGAUGCUUCAGCUAUGGCUUUGAAUUCAAGUCAAGAGGGCUGGUUUACAUCAUCCCAGCAGUAUCUCACUGCUUCUAAUGGCCUCAGAUUUCAGGGCCAAAAUCUUUAUGGCAAUGGAUUUCAUGGAGCUCAGCCUCCCCAAAGCUCUGUGUUUUAAAGUCUUUUAACUUAGGAUAUUAAAUGUAUGCAUAUGGAAGACAGUUGUUUUCUAUUGUAUUCCAUGUUUCAAUUUCAAUUCUAAUAAUGAUAAGAAGGGGUUUUUCAAA